AUGAACUGCCAUUCUGCUGUAAAGCGGCGGCCAACACAACCAGCCGCGUACUGCCAUUUUGACACCCAGGAAGUGAAGUCAUCUCAUCAGCUCAGCACAGCGCUACCCAGAGGUCUGGUACAGACUGACAGCCCAAACUUUCUCUGCAGCAGCUUGCCCCAACACUGGAGGUGUAACAAGACCCUGCCGAGGACCUUCACUGUAGUCGCCGUUGGCAACGAUGUGCCGGAUGGUGUGGUUGUCACAGUGAUGGCUGGGAAUGACGAUAACAGCAGCGCUGAGCUACGCAAUGCCACAGCAACUAUGAAGCAGGGCUACGCCCACUUCAAUGACCUCCGCUUCGUGGGUCGCAGUGGCAGAGGGAAAAGCUUCACUGUGUCAAUCAAUGUGUUGACCACACCCCCUCAGAUUGCCACCCUGCACAGAGCCAUCAAGGUGACGGUGGACGGACCACGAAUGCCACGACGACAGAGGAAGAAAGAGGUGAAGUCAGGGACGUUCAGGUUGUGUAGCAUCAGCGGCGGUUCAGGAACGUCAGAUUGUAGAUCCGCUUCAUCCACGCUGUGGACCAAUGAGCCGUCAUUCCUGGGCCAAGUGACCUCUCUGAGUUCAACCUUUACUACAAAUCCCAGAAUGCACCACAUCCACGCCCUCCCUUACUCCACACCGCCUCCGCCUUACAGCUCCCACCUGCCCACCCCGCCUCCUCCCUCUCUGAGCCAUAGUGGUCCAUUCCAGGCAGGCAGCUUCUACUACGGGCCAAACCAACUGCUCCAAACCACAGGGGAGGACCGCAACGCGGCCAACACUUACACUGAAGGGGUGUGUUUUUCUUUCAGAGGGGAGGAGCCUGUCUGGCGACCUUAUUGA